UCAAGGGUGACGACGAUGAUGGUGGCAGCGGCGCUGCUGGUGAUGGUGCCAGUCAUCUACCGUGUGAGAACACAGAUGACAACAAGCAAGGUUGAGCUGUCGACGAAGGGAAAGGAGGAUCUUUCGAUGUUUGCAAACUCAGCAGUCUCUUUCUAUGACCCGGGUGAUACUGCUCCUGAUUCUGACAUCUUGCCGCGGGAAGUGCUCGAAGACGAUGGCUCCAGAAUUGACAGGGAGGACGCUCAGCGCAAGUCAGCCAGCCCCAACUAUGGCAAUGCACACUGGUAUAAGGCAGGGCAGAGUGCAGAUUUUCACGGAGACCUGCAAGAGGAGAAUCGAAAUCUUGAGAGAAGAGAAAAGAACGCAGAACACAAGCAAAGGGUGCAGGCUGAAAGGCGUGAAAAAGCAGCAGAUAGGAGGAGGGAGCACAGGGAUUAUGAGGAGAGGAAGAGGUCUGCGCACAGAAGAGUCGAGAGGAUCCUCCGCGAACGCAGAACGGAUGAAGCACAUGAGCGAUAUGAGAGUCAAAGACAUAGAGCUUCCAGUCGGCAGGAGAGGAUCAGGGAGGAGAGAGAGAGAGAGGCGAAGAAUCAAAAGACUUCUUUUGCCUAUCGCCACCCUUUUGCGGCCGACAAGAAGGGACUGGGAAAUCUUGUAAAAGCUGAAUUCCAGCAAGAUGAGCAGAGGAUGAAAGCAACUACAAACGCUAUCUUCGGGGAUUUGAAAGCAAACCAUCAGUGGUCACAUGGAGGUCUUCUGAUCACAGACGUCAACCAGGCGCCGCCGCGAACAUUGCAUGAAGCUAUGGAGGCUCGUCAUGCGAGAGAGUAUGCGAGAAGGGAUUAUGCAUCACAUGAGAAGUCGAAGGAGCUCUCGGAGGAAGCAAGAUUCGUUCAUCCUAGGCAAGAGAGGGGAAGGGACAGGAGGAGACGCACACGCGCUCCCUGCACCAUCGAGAUGCUGGAGAACGGAGGGUGUUCGGACAGCCAUCAGGUCAAGGAGCAUGAAGCAAGGAGGAGGUUCGCGACCAAGAAGGAUCAUAAGAUUCAAUUGAAGCUCUCGAAGCACGAGGACCAUCAGAUCAGGAAUCAGGUCGUGGCUCCCAACGCCGCUCCUACUGCUGGUUCAGUGAUAUCAGGAUGGGUGAAUGACGUAGGAUCUCUGUUCAGAUGAAAGAAAUGGAAUAUUCG